CAAGCAGAAGCCACAUAGUAAUUGAAAUCAGUGUAAUUUAUAUGUGAGUUUCAAUAACGUAUUCCUUACUGGUGCUAUAGCUGCGUGGAUAUAUAAGUAAAUUAUAAAAUAAGGUUACAAGACGAUGAUAAGUAUUAAUAUUAUGCCAGAACAAUUUUAUAACUAACAUAAUUGCUAUAUUAUAUUACCUUAUAUCUACUUUGUAUAACUAGACUGUUACUUGGUUUUUUAUUAUUACCUAUUGUGUUGUGCAAUUUGAAUAUGGAUCUGUUAAAUUUGAACUGGAUAAGUAGCCAUGAAUUUUGGUUUCCCUCUGGUACUUCUAAGACAGAUACACAAAGCAGAGAAAAUUUUACAUUUCCCCAAACCUCGGAUUUGUGGGCUGUACCAGCGUUUGCUGUUUUGUUCCAUAUACUGCGAAAAUUGUACGAGCAUUAUAUUUGUACCUUUCUUUUAUCCAAUCUGAACAUAAAAAGUGAACGAAGAUUACCAAGCAGUAAUGCUCAACUGGAAGCUGUGUAUAAAACACAGAAAUCCCCACCUGACAAAAUGAUAACUGGCCUUUCUAAACAGCUAGACAUGAAUGUAAAACAAAUUGAACAUUGGUUUCGAAUGAGAAGAAAUCUCGACCGUCCAACUGUCGUUACAAAGUUUGCAGAAUCCUCAUGGAGGUUUUUGUUUUACUUCUCUAUCUUCACUUUUGGAAUGUUUAUGUUGUUUAAAUCACCCUGGUUGUGGGAUAAUGUGCAAUGUUGGACAGACUACCCGCAACAGUCUUUACCCACCUGGCUGUAUUACUACUACAUGCUUGAAGCAGGAUUUUACUUAUCAUUGCUAUUUACUAUUGCUGAAGAUGUAAAAAGGAAGGAUUUUCCAAUUCAGGUUAUUCACCAUGUGUCCACUCUUUUUCUUAUUAUAUUUUCAUAUAUGUGCAAUUUCGUUCGAGUUGGGUCACUUGUGUUAGCAGUUCAUGAUGUUUCUGAUAUAUUUCUUGAAUUUGGAAAGUCGAUUCUGUACGCAAACUACAAGAGCCUUGCUGACAAUCUCUUUGUUAUAUUUGCGAUUGUGUUUAUCUUCACCAGGCUCUUUAUAUACCCAUUCUAUGUGAUUCAUACAUCAGCGAUAAAGAUCCGUGUUUUAAAGCCAUUUCCGGCUUAUUACUUCUUCAAUGGUCUGCUAGUCGUGCUGCAGAUUCUCCACAUUUACUGGGCUUCAAUUAUUCUUAAGAUGGCGGUAAAAUUUAUCAAAGGAGACAAGAUGGCAGAUGAAAGAAGUGACGAUGAGGAGUCUGUAAGUGACGAUGAAGAUUAAGUAUGUUUAAACAGUUUCUGAAUCCUGAUACAACCUCACCCAUGUUGCAUAUUCAAACAUAAAAUCAAUUUAUCGGAAUAUAGAUCACAUUAAGUAACCACAAGUAUAGUAUGACCCAUAUGUUUGGUUUAUUAGUUCUGCGUAGUGGCUUUUAUGAACCUUUAAGUUUCUCGUAUCAUAACGUGUCUCAAGGACACAGGGUCGGGGAUAAAGUUCACUGCCUUGAACUGUUUAAUUAAGAUUGCAUUAAUGUUUAACUAAUACUCGCGAUCUAUCACUUUUUCAUGACAUACACAUUUCUUUAACAUCUCGAUUAAUUAAUAUUGCUGUUUUUCAUUUUUAUACAUUGUGCAGUCCAACUAGUGCCUUUAUACAAGUUAUAUAUUCACAGCAAUAAGUGAUUCAUUUGCAGUAAAAAUUGUUUUGGUAUCGUUAUUUUUCAAUAUGCGUUAAUAAGUUAAAUCAUGUUCAUUUCAUUAAAUGCAGUCACACUUUUAAAACUUAUCAAAUCUCGUUAUUCCCUUUUUAAUCUAUUCAUUAUUGCAAUGAUUUCUGUAUAUAUAACAUUACCUUUCUAUAUUGCCUAACAUUUAUAAUUUCUGGUACUCAUCUCUAUUUUAUGCUUUUUUAUAUAAGUAUAUAAACGUACUUGUUACGCGGAAAACUCGUUCUGUUUUAAUUAUUUUCUUAUCAACCCACCAAAGUUUCAUUGCUAAAAAAACUAGACUAAGUCACAGUUUUCAUGACCACCUCAAUUUGGUUGUUCUUAUUUUUAAUUGAAAGUGCCUUGCUGUGGCAUCCAUUUUAAUUUACCUUGCCUUUUUAAUUUUUAUUGACGUAUAGGUUUAACAAUAUCGGUUUGUUUCAUAUUAAAACUAUUACUAAUAGAUGUGAAAUAACUAAAGCUGAUGCAUUUGUUGCAUAGUUUCUGAUUUCUUUUAUUUGUUCGGAUAUAUAAAAAAAUUAAAUUUUAAUAGCAUUUGUUAACAACACCUAUUAUUGCAUUCAUUUAACGGUUUUACACACUAGUAACUAAUAGAUAUAGAUUUUACGUAUGUGUGUUUAAUGUAUAGCCCACAUAUUUAUAUGUGAGGUACACUUAUGUGAACUUUUAUAUCAUGAACUGUAAUCAAAUAACUCUACAG